GUGCUGACACGCAAUUCACUAGUCCGGGCUAGGAGGUGAUAUAAAGGCGUACAAGAGUCCGAGUCGAUCUGAUUUGUCCGUAACAUCAACUGAGGAACUAGCCUAAAAGCAGAAAAUCCGUCGCUGCCACACCACAUUUUACCAUCAUGGUGGUGUGGGCGGUGCUGACAUUGGCAGCGGUCGUGCUGACCAACGCAGCGGUACCAGAUCCACCGGAAAAUUCUGGCAUCACCACAAUCGGGUCCAAGAAAUUAGGAACUGCCGCCGAUUGCGCGGGACUUGUCGCCUUUUCUGCCAUCCAAGGAUCGAUAAAUGCAGCUAAACUUGUUCUCGCCGAGACGCUAGUGGACAAAGGAGUCGGUUACGCGGCGGAAACUGGAAUUUUCACCACGCAUUGUCCAGGCCUCUACCAAUUCAGCUUCGCCGGAUACGGUAGCACGGAUCUGCGGCUAACAUUGAAACGCAAAUUGAAUAAAUCCGAUAGUUGGAGACCGAUUAUCAGCGCUGGUCCAGGCGGAGGAAGCAAUCUUAUUUUGCUGGAAGUUGAAGCUGGAGAUCAACUUGCCGUCUUCGUUGAAUCCGGGAAGAUCAGCGACGGAGCCAGCUUCACGGGUCACCGCGUUUAUAAAAGAUAAGAGCUAGACUAUGAAACAACAAUCUUGACGAUUUCAGAAUUAUUGACCACUAUUAAAGAAGCAAAAUUGAAAUAUUAUAAACUAAAAUUGAGUCUAAAUUUUUCUAUGUAAUAUGCAAAGUUGAAGCAUUUCAUCGGAAAUUUCAAAAUAUUAUUUUCAGUUUAAAAAAGGCAUGUUUAACAGAAAAAAAUUAUAAAAUAUUUAUUGUAUAAUUCUGAAUUUUAUAACUCAUCUUUUGUUUUUUGAUUGAUAAUAUUUUAAUCGUACCUUUCAAAUUAUCAAAUAUUAUCUGUUUGGAGUUACAAGAUACUGAAACAUAAUGUUAUACUCUUAAAUCAAAAACUCGCCAGAUUGUCAUUAAAUGCAUUUAAAAGUAUCUACAAAAAGAACAAAAAAA